AUGUCUGCAAGUCCAAGUGUCGACGACCUCAAGAUGCUCAUUGCAGUGUUGGUACAAUGCGCCCCUGAGAAAAAACCCCUUCCCACACCUGACCACUUGAAGUUGGCAGAAGCUCUUGGCCUUCGCGACCGAAUAGUCUCCAAAAAUAAGUGGUGUAACCUCAUGAAGAAAUUCAGAGAUGGAGAUUUUGGAGAUAUGGGGGGUCUUAUUGCUUCGAAGGAGCCUAAUGAAGCUGCGGCAAGGAAACGACCAGUAGUCGAGGUACCAGUUGAGGGGUAUAUGGAAAAGUCCAUACCUUCUCCUACCAAGAAAGUCAAAGUGGCGUAUGCUAAUCUCAUCGUACAUAGAGGUUCUCAGAAAGCGGGAAAAGGAAAGGGCAAUCCAAAGAAGGCCGUCAAGCAGUAG